AUGACUGAAACAGAUACCUCAAAUGGAUUUGGAAAUAGAACUUUUGAAAGACCAGAACAAAUUCAACAAAUGUUAGAACAAAAAGUUCCAGUUGAUUUUGUUAGUGUAAGACCUGGUCCUUCUAAUAUGAAACUUACAUAUUUAGAGAGUUGGAAAGCUGUAGAAUUAUCGAAUGCAUUAUUUGGUUUUGAUGGAUGGAGUUGUUGUAUUACUAAUUUAAAUGUUGAUUAUGUUGAUGUAGAUAAAGGUAAAUUUAAAGUUGGAGUGACUGCUGUAAUUCGAGUUACACUUAAAAAUGGAGUUUAUCAUGAAGAUGUUGGUGUUGGAAUGUCAGAAAUGCCAAAGAAGGGAAUGGCUAUUGAACUUGCUAAAAAAGAAGCAGUAAGUGAUGGAAGAAAGAGAGCAUUAAGACUUUUUGGCAAUUAUCUUGGAAAUUCUUUAUAUGAUACUGAUUAUGUAAGAACACUUGAUACAAAUCAUAAAACAAAUGACACUAAUCCAUUAACAUUUAAUUCUAUUAGAAAUAUUAAUAAAGAAGUAUUUGAAACUCAGAAAAGUAUAUCAACAAAUUUUUCUAUUGCUUCAUCAAGUGUAAGUCAUUUAUCGAAUAACCAACCUCUAACUCCUGUUGUACAAGAACAAACUCAAUCAUUAAAAUCUACAACGGCAGACGUUAGUUCUCAUUCUGUUGAUAUGGAUAUUGAUGAUAGUAUCUUUAAUUAUAUUUAA